AUGCCAAAAAAGCAACUCGAAUACCCCGAAGUGCUCGACCAGACUUUUCUUAUAACCCUCCACGACCACUUCAUGCACGAUGGUGUUCUAUCCAAGGCCUGUGUUAUUCGGUUACUCAAAGAAGUGAGUAAAGUACUACGAGAGGAACCAAACCUUUUACGAAUUAAAGAAGACACUUUGGUCUUCGGAGACUAUCAUGGACAAUACUUUGACUUUAUUGAGCAGAGAGAUGAUCAAUUCUGGAAUCCCACGCCACAUUGCUCAUUGUAUUUAGGUGACUAUGUGGACAGAGGAAGUAUGUCUUGCGAGGUCGUUACGACACUUUUCUUCAUGAAACUGAUCGACCCAAAUAAAGUUUAUUUACUUCGAGGAAACCAUGAGACUCGGAAGAUGACUGAGCGGUUUGGGUUUAAGUCCGAGUGUCUCACCAAAUACGACUUUGAGACGUAUAACAUAUUUAUAAAGACGUUUGAGUGUUUACCACUGGCAGCCACUAUCUCAAGGAGUGUUGGCGACUUCUUCUGUUGUCAUGGUGGUAUUUCGCCCAAUUUAAAUAAGAUCGAAGAGAUCAAUAAGAUCUUUAGAUUCACGGAAGUGCCAUCGAGUGGUCUCUUUUGUGACUUGUUGUGGUCCGACCCUUAUGUACCAGAGAUUGAUAACACCAAAGAAGUUAAAAUAACGCAAUUUGCGAAUAACAAGUUCCGGGGUGUCUCGUACAUCUAUGGGAUCGAAGCAAUGAAAGACUUCUUAAAAAGAAAUGACCUCAAUUUACUCAUUAGAGGACAUCAAUGUUUCGAAAAUGGGAUCUUUGCUCACACUUUUGGGUUCCCAGAACAUCAGCCUCUUGCUCUCACAGUCUUUGGAGCUUCAAAGUAUCAGAAAAACAGUAAAGCCGGGUCUAUUAUGAUAGAAGAGAAGGCCGUGAAUAUCCGGCGGUAUGAGACAACAACAAUUCAGAAACAUUUCAAGAAGGAUUUCAGUGGGAUAUUUGUUGACUCUGUAUUUGGUCUUGGCAAUAUGCUUCAAGAGAUCAGUUUUAGUCUUGUUGAGUUGUGUUACUAUUACGAUGACGACUUAAAAAAGUGCGAAAGUGAUGAGAAAAUAGCAGAGGAUCAAUUUGUUGUGUUUGAUUCAAAUGAACCGUCUCAAGAAGAUUGCGAUGAUGAUGACGACGAUAUUUCAGACUCAGAAAGUGACUCGGAAGACUCGAGUGAUGACAGCGAUGAGAGUGAAGAAGACGACACAUCAGAAGAAGAAGAGAUUGAAAACGACGAAGAAGAUAUUAAAGAAGAACUUCAAAUACACAACAACCAAUUUGAACGCGAGAAAGUCGAAAGAGUUCAGCCACAAGCUGAAGUCCAACAACAUAAAGAAGAUGUCGUUGUGCAGACAACAAAAAUAUCAAAGAAUGCGGCAAUAGAAAUGAAUGAUGACACACUAGAACCUUUAGAAAUUUCAACACCAGUCUCUUUCUUAAAUGACCACUUCACUAAAGUAACACCACCAAGUCGUUUAGUAAGCUUAUUCCAAAACAUUCAUCACUUCAGACCUAACACCUUAUUUUGCUUAUCGAAAUUCAAACCGCCACUAAGCCCUCGACCAUCUACACUUGGAUCGCCGAGACCAACAACUCGUCCACUCUUAUAUGAACGUGUUGUGAAAUGGCUGAACUGUGAUGCGGCUCCCGUGACUCUUCGGGACUUGCGAGAUAUGUGGAAUAAUCGUAACCAUUAA